GUUGGCAGACGAUGGGCUGCGCCCGCGAGGGAAGUAGAAAUAUGGGCGCAAGGACGGGCCGUCCCUACGGGGCAUGGGGCCCUUAUCUGUCCUGGGCUCUCCCUGCGAAAGGGCUCACAUCCGGGAGGAGAGCGGAAGCGAGGGGCGGCCCUACUCCCGCCGUGUGACGGCCCCGGGGACAGCCUUCCCCGCCCAUUGUGACGACCAGUGUGAAGGCCCCGGGACAGCCUCAGACAGUUCCCUGAAGUGAAAUCACAGUUUAAUUUUAAGGCCUUUGUAAAUCAUCGAAUUACCCGCCGUCCAGUGCACUUUUUCUUCUUCCAGCGGUGUAUGAAGGUGCCUGUUUCCCCUAAUUGUCUGUAUGCUCAUAAGGUGCCACUGUUUUUAAGCCUUAUUGUUUUUUUUAAUAUUUACUUAUUUUAGGCUGCGUCGGGUCUCAGUUGUGGCUUGGGGGAACUUCCGCUGAGGCACGCGGUUCCCUCGUUGUGGCACCUGGGCUUUUCUGGUUGCGGGCGCAUGGGCUCCGGAGUGCAUGGCUCCGUACUUGUGGCGCUCGGGCUUAGCUGCUCCGUGGCAUGUGGGAUCUUAGUUCCCCGAUCAGGGAUGGAACCCGUGUCCCCUGCACUGGAAGGCGGUUCCUUAACCACUGGACCACCAGGGAGGUCCCAGCUACUUGUUUAUUUUCUUCUGCUGGUUACCUGUCCAUAACUUUAACUAGAUUUUUCGUGCUUUUUCAUGUACAUAUAGUGGGUUUUUAGAUAUUGAAGAUAUGAAUCUUUGUGUUGCAAAUAUCCCUCCGUUUUUUUUUUUUUCUUUUUGUUUUUGACAGUAAAUAUCCUUGUGUAGUUAGAUCUGUCACACUUUACCUUUGGUGGCAAGCUUAGCAAAAGCGUUCCUCAAUCCAGAAUUGCGCCAUUCAGAUCGUUACUUUUUUGGUUUUAUAUAUUUAUAUUCAGAUCUUUUGUCAUUAUCAAGAAAAAAUAUAAAUGCAUAGAAAUUUUUCCACACAUCCGAGGACUGACUAAAGGUGCUCGUUGGUUCCUGGUGGAGCUGAGACCACAGUGGGCAGGCAGGUGUCCUACUACUGGUGUUUCUGCGGGAAGCAGCAAGCAGAGCCCCAGCCUGAGUCCACAGAACGCCCCAGAGAGGCGACCCUGAUGGACACGUGCACAGCUUUCCUAGCACAGGCACCGAGUGGCGGCCCGGCUUCCUGCUACGCUGCUUUGGUGGCUGAGCAAGGGGCUCAGAGCCCAGGGCUGAUGCUACGACAGGCAACCUUAGAAGAAGGGGGGCGCCGUGGACAGGCUGUGCCAGGACUGUUACAGGGGCCUCCCCGGACACUGCGGUUUCCAGACCCUUGUGGGAAUGAGGAAGCUGGAGAGAGGCCCAAAGGUUCCCCUCGGGGACCAGUUGUUUAUGAGGAAACUGGAGGGCAGAAUGGCCAUGAGGACAGUGUGUCCAGGUCAGAGGUCACCCUGAAUGCAGCCUCCACAGCCGAUAGGAGAGGCCACUGGAAAGGACGGCCUUACCGAUGCAGCACCUGCGACAGGAGCUUCAAAUGCUAUUCAGAUGUGGUGAAACACCAGAGCAUUCACUCUGGGGAGAAACCCUAUGAGUGCAGCGACUGCGGGAAGGCCUUCAUCCACAGCUCCCACGUCGUCAGGCACCAGCGCAUUCACAACGGGGAGAGGCCUUACGUUUGUAAGGAGUGUGGGAAGGCCUUCAGCCAGAGCUUCAACCUCAUCAGACACCAGAGAAUCCACACGGGAGAGAAGCCCUACGAAUGUGCUGAGUGUGGCAGGUCCUUCAGUCAGAGGUCAGAUGCCAUUAAGCACCAGAGAAUUCACACUGGCGAGCGGCUGUAUGAGUGCAGCGAGUGCGGGAAAACCUUCAUCCAUAGCUCAAAUGUCGUCCGACACCAGAGAAUUCACCACGGAGAGAAUCCUUACGAAUGCAAAGAGUGUGGGAAAGCCUUCAGCCAGAGCUCCAACCUCAUUCAGCACCAGCGGGUCCACACUGGGGAGAAGCCCUACGCCUGCCAGGAGUGUGGGCGCGCCUUCAGCCGCAGCUCCUUCCUCAGUGAGCACCAGCGCAUCCACACCGGGGAGAAGCCCUACGAGUGCGGCGAGUGUGGCCGCGCCUUCAGGGCCCUGUCGGGCUUCUUCCGGCACCAGAGGAUCCACACUGGGGAGAAGCCUUUCCACUGUGCCAGGUGUGGCAGGGCCUUCCGCCUGAGCUUUCAUCUUAUCCAGCACCAGCGAGUUCACGGCACGGAGUGAGCCUGUUGGGGGGUGAACAUGGAGUGGAAAAUUGAGUAAAGAAGAUUGGAGUGUGGGUACAACACCCUUCACUUUUUGCCCACUCCCCCAGCUUUGUGUACUUUGCCCCACAGGAAGAGGAUAAAACUGUCUUGCUGGUCUCCAAGCCUGCCCGUGGAGGCCUGCAGUUUGUCUGCCGCCGCCUUGCCAGGAGCACUGGAAAGGAAAGAGGAGCCUUGGGGAAGGAGACGUGAUGGCAACGUGUGCCUCGGAAGUUAAUUUAUUUCAUUUUCACAGCACUGGGUUUUUUCCUGAAGUAUAAUUUACAUAUAGUGGAACACAUAAAUCUUAAGUGUUUGGUUUUAUGAGUUUCAACAGUACAAUGUGCUUUGACCUUUACAACCACCACACUCUGAAGAUGUAGACUAUUUCCAUCACCCCAGAAAGUCUCCUUAUGCCCCUUCAAGUCAGCCCCUCAUCCUGAGAGGCAACCAGUGAUCUCGUUUCUGUCACUAUAGUUUUGUUUGUUCUAGAAUGUUAUAUAAAUAGUGAUAUAAUUUA